AUGACAGAAUCAGGCAGUGAUGAUAACGAUGAUGUGGUUGAUGACGACGGUAACGACGAUGAUGGCGAUGAUAAUGGCGACGAUGAAGGCAUCGAAGACGACGGUAAUCACGAUGAUGGCGACAAUGACUACGACGAUGAUGGCAAUGGUGAUGAGAGGGUAAUGACGAUGAUAGUGACGACGGCAACGACAACCAAGAAGACGACGGUUAAGAUGACGAUGACGACGACGGUGAUGGUGAUAAUAAUAGUGGCGGUAGUGGUGGUGAUGCAGAUGCCAAUGGGAAUACAGAAGAAUGAAAGGUUUUUACCCGUUGUAAAACUGAAAUAAAG